AUGUCCUCCUUCGCAAAGGCCUUGUCACCCGCACUCAGGGAAGUCAGGAUUCUCAUGUCUCAGACUGGGACAGCCUCUGCUGGCGCACGGCAGUUCGUCCAGUCCACAUACCCGACCCUGAAGCAACAUAACCCGGAUUUACCGGUACUUAUACGCGAGGCAACUGGUACACCAGCACGCGCAUUUGCGCGGUUUGAGAAGGGCGUCGAGAAGCAUGUCGAACUGGAAAACCUCUCGGCUGAGGAUGUCGGUGCCAAGUUAACACAGUUACUCCACUAG